CCCCGCAGUGCCUUGGCCGGCAGCCGGACUGGUCCAGCCCGAGACGGGAGGAGGCGGAGGCAGGAGAGCAUCCUUUCGGCCUCGCCUGGGUGGGAGCUCGGGCGCUGCCGAGAGCGGGGACGGCGGCUCUCCGGUGAAACCCGCCCCCCCAGCCCUGAACCUCUCUCACCUCGCGCUCCCCCCGCCCCGAAUGCCUCUGCCUGGGGGGCCAGCCGGAGCCAGGAGCUAGGAGGGCGGGGGGGCUCCUGCAUCCAGACGAGACGCCGGGAAAGAAGAGAUUGGAGAGAGAGGGAGAGAGCUGUCCGGCCAUGGCGGAAAAGGGCCUGGAUCCCUCCUGCGUCUCCAUCGCGCUCGAGGACCCCGUCUGCCAUUCUGGGGCGCCGGAUGCCCCCUUCCUGACCACCCACCUCAAGAAAGUGGAGAACCACAUCACGGACGCCCAGCGCUUCUCCCACUUGCCCAAGCGCUCCGCGGUGGACAUUGAGUUUGUUGACCUGUCCUAUUCCGUCCGCGAGGGCUCGUGGUGGCGGAAAAGAGGAUACAAGACGCUGCUGAAAUGUCUGUCGGGCAAGUUUUGCCGUCGGGAGCUGAUCGGCAUCAUGGGCCCUUCUGGAGCGGGGAAAUCCACUCUAAUGAAUAUUCUGGCUGGCUACCGGGAGACGGGCAUGAAGGGCCAGAUUCUUGUGAACGGGCAUCAGAGGGAGCUCCGCACCUUCCGGAAGAUGUCUUGUUACAUCAUGCAGGACGACAUGUUGUUGCCUCAUCUAACUGUGCGCGAGGCUAUGAUGGUUUCUGCCAACUUGAAGCUGAACGAGAAGCAGGAGGUGAAGAAGGAGCUGGUCAACGAGAUCUUGACAGCAUUGAGUCUUCUGGAAUGUUCUUACACCCGCACCAUGUCCUUGUCUGGGGGGCAGCGGAAGCGGCUCGCCAUCGCUCUGGAGCUGGUCAACAAUCCCCCAGUCAUGUUUUUUGAUGAACCCACCAGCGGACUGGACAGCUCCUCUUGCUUCCAGGUGGUCUCCCUGUUGAAGUCUCUGGCCCAAGGUGGGCGCACCAUCAUCUGUACCAUCCACCAGCCCAGCGCCAAGCUCUUUGAGAAGUUUGACAAGCUUUACAUCCUGAGCCAAGGACAGUGCAUCUUUAAGGGAGCGGUGCCCAACCUCAUUCCCUACCUGAAAGGGUUGGGUCUCCAUUGCCCCACCUACCAUAACCCCGCUGAUUUCAUUAUUGAAGUUGCCUCAGGGGAGUACGGCGAUCUCAAUCCUCUCCUGUUCCAAGCCGUCCAGAAUGGGCUGUGCGCCAUGGCGGAGAAGAAGAGCAGCCCGGACAAAACAGAUUCCUCGUGCGCAGGACCGUGCGUGGCAGACUUGGAUCACAUCGAGAGCCACACAUUCGCAACCAGCACCCUGACCCAGUUCUGCAUCCUCUUCAAAAGGACGUUUUUGUCCAUCCUGAGAGACACGGUGCUCACCCACCUGCGGUUCAUGUCUCACAUCUGCAUUGGCGUGCUGAUUGGCCUCCUCUACCUGCACAUUGGCAACGACGCUGCCAAAGUCUUCAACAAUACGGGCUUCCUUUUCUUCUCCAUGCUCUUCCUCAUGUUUGCUGCCCUGAUGCCCACGGUCCUCACCUUCCCUCUGGAGAUGUCCGUGUUCCUGAGGGAGCAUCUGAACUACUGGUACAGCCUGAAAGCCUAUUACCUGGCAAAAACCAUGGCAGAUGUUCCGUUCCAGGUCAUCUGCCCCAUCACUUACUGUAGCAUCGUCUACUGGAUGACGGGCCAGCCUCCUGAAGCCACCCGUUUCCUGCUCUUCUCUGCCCUGGCCACCUCCACUGCUUUGGUGGCUCAGUCCCUAGGGCUUGUGAUCGGAGCAGCAUCCACCUCUUUACAGGUGGCCACCUUUGUGGGUCCCGUGACAGCCAUCCCGGUCCUCCUCUUCUCUGGCUUCUUUGUCAGUUUCAAGACCAUCCCGACGUACUUGCAGUGGAGUUCCUAUGUCUCUUACGUCAGGUACGGCUUUGAAGGCGUCAUCCUCACCAUCUACUCCUUGGAACGGGAAGAGCUGGAGUGCAAGGUCCCCGACUGCCCCUUUAAAGACCCGGUCAAAAUCCUCAAGGAGUUAGACGUGGAAGAAGCCAAACUCUACCUGGACUUCAUCGUGUUAGGCAUUUUCUUCGCCAUUCUCAGGCUCCUGGCUUACCUGAUCCUCAAGUACAAGGUGAAGGCGGAGAGAUAAAAAGGGGAGGGGGACCCGCCCGCCCGCACACCACCCCUCCCCUCCCCGAUGCCCUUUGGCAGAAGCUUCCGGCGGGACCACCACCGACCCUUCCCGAUGACGGACAGAUCAGACUCUGCAGGCCAAAGAGGGAAGGUGUCGGGGGACCUGCGGUGGCCGGCGUCAUGCGCUCAGUCGAGAACGGUUCUUGGAGCGAAAGUCUCGGAACUGUUUUAAUCUUUACACACCUUCGCAUCUUUGCAAGAUGGCAUCUCUCUCUCUCUCUCUCAUUCUCUCUUUGUUUUGUACAAUUCUGCAAUGUGUCAAACUUUCUUCCGGGAGCAAUAUCAUCGCAGAGAACCCGUCCCCCUGGUUCGCCCUCUUCCUCUUCCUCUCAUCCCCAUAGACAGUGAAUCGGAUUUCUUCGGGGGCAACUUUGGA